CCCACUUAAUGCGAGUCGCGGAGCGAAGCUGCGGCUCCGUCUCCUGCUGCUGCUCCUGCUCCUCCUGCUGCUGCUGCUCAUCCUGCUGCUGCUACUCCUGCUUCUGCUCCUCCUGCUUCUGCUGCUCCUCCUGCUGCUGCUCCUCUUGCUACUGCUGCUGCAGGGAGGUCGUCCUGCGACUGAACUCCGCUCGCCCCCCUCCAGCAUCAGCUGCCGCCUGCUCCAGCUCAGGAUGUCCGAGGCUCCUUUGCCUGAAGAAGGGUCUCCGCUCAUCAAGCGAGAAGCCGCAGGACAUCUGGGCUGUCAGAUGUCGCGCGGAGUGGACGUCCGAUUGGACGACGACGCCGCUGCCGCCGCUGCUGCUGACGAUGUGCAGGAGCAGGAGGAGGAGGUGGUGGACCCUUCUCUGCCCGUGGAGGCAUUCAUUAAGCAAGAAUACGAGGAGGAGGAGGCUUGGAGGAAGAUGUUGCCCAAGGUGAAAGUGGAGAGGGAAGAUGAUGAUGACGAUGGCAGUGAUGGUGAUGGUGAUGGCAUGCAGGGAGCGGGUGACAUUCGGAUAAAGGGCGAAGAAGAGGACGACGAAGAAGACGACGAAAAAGACGAAGCAAAACAUUCACGCUUUCGAGCGGCGCACCGACCGUCCCGUGGAAGUCAACCGUCGUACGUUGCGAAGGUCGAGCGGCGGGACCUCAGCGGUUCGGGCGGCGACCGCCAGGCCCCGGCGGUCAGCCACGGCGGUUCCCGGGAGAAGGCCGGAGGGUCAAGGCCAUCGCGGGUAGACCAAGGAGGGGCCGCGGCCGCGGGCUCGUCAGAUGUGGCCGAGAUUGAGGUGGAAGUGGAGGACGACGACGGAACAAUGGCAGAGUGUGGACUUGCAAGACGCCGGAAUGAAAAUUCGCGUAAGGGGUUUUUCAACUACUACGACCACCAGACCAGGAUGCAGCUCCACUCUGCACAGACCACCACCAGCAGCAGCAGCGAGAGCCAGCGGCAGUGGGAACUUUUUCCGUGCAAUCCGGAGUGCGAAGGCGACACGGAGACGCGCCGGGCAUUGGACGGGUCGCGUCGGAGCCCGGCAGGCGCGGGAGGGAUGCCCGCACAAGCACUGUCGCCCACGCAAGCGACGUCGCCCGCGCACGUCUGCCCCGAGUGUGGGAAGGAGUUCACCACCGCCAAGGGCUUGGGGCGCCACCGGAAGAUCCACGCGAGGGAGAAGCCGCACCGGUGCGCCGUGUGCGCUCGGGGCUUCGUGCGCCCAUCGGCCCUCAAGAGCCACGCUUGGGUGCACGCGGAGGAACGGCCCCACCAGUGCACCGAGUGCGGGAAGGGCUUUGCGCGGGCCGCGUCCCUGAAGCAGCACGCCCAGACGCACACAAGCGAGAGGCCGUACCGGUGCACCGUGUGCGGCCGAGGUUUCAGAGUCUCCAAGGUCCUCAAGGAUCACAUGAUGACGCACACCGGCGAGAGGCCGCACAAGUGCUCGGCGUGCGGGAAGAGCUUCAUCCAGUUAUCGGCCCUUCGGAACCACGCGAGGAUGCACACCGGCGAGAGACCAUACGCGUGCUCCGUGUGCGACAAGGCCUUCACGCUCCUGAGAGUGCUCAGGGACCACACGAAGACCCACACGGGCGAGAGGCCGCACGUGUGCCCCGUCUGUGGCAAGGGCUUCAUCUUCUCCAAGGACUUCAGGAACCAUGCGAUGACACACACGGGCGAGAGGCCGCACACGUGCAUCGUGUGCGGCAAGGCCUUCGCGGACCCGUCGGGCCUCAUGCUCCACGCGAGGAUCCACACGGGUGAGAGGCCGCACGCAUGCCACAUCUGCGGCAAGGCCUUCAGACGCUCGUCGGCCCUGCAGAGGCACGCGAGGACGCACACGGGAGAGAGGCCCCACGUGUGCCCCGUGUGCGACAGGGCCUUUGCCCUGCCCAAGUUCCUCAAGGACCACAUGAUGACGCACACAGGCGAGCGCCCCUACAGGUGCUCCUUCUGCGGCAAGGGGUUCAUCAAGCAGGUGAACCUGGUGUGCCACGUGAGGUCGCACACCGGCGAGAGGCCGCACGCGUGCACCGUGUGCGGCAAGGGCUUCGCGUACGCGUCGGUGCUCAAGAGCCACGCUGUGACCCACACGGGCGAGAGGCCGCACGCGUGCGCUGUGUGUGGCAAGGGGUUCGCCUACCGAUCCGUCCUGAAGCGUCAUGCGGAGACCCACGCACGGGAGGUGGCAAAAUGAAGACCCCCGACAGGCAUCGUGAAGGAAGCGUUUUGUUGUGCUCGCUCGCUUUCGAACGAGACUCCGCGAAGUUCGCGCGGUGCAAACGAAAUAUGUUUUGAUGAAAAAUAAUAAUAAUAUCCUUUCUGGUAAUAUUACAGGUGUGUUAAGAUGUUAAAACACCAAAUAGACACCUUACCACGCAUACUUGUGGCAAAAAAUGCCAACAAACAUCCUCAUAAUAUAUGCACAAUGUCUUUGAAACUGCUUGUACAGGCCAUCGGUUCAGAGGAAGUAUGUGUGCAUGCGUAUAGAUUUAGCACGGUUGGCUGCGUACGGCGCGAAAGAAGUUCAACGUACAUACGUAGAUAGAUAAAAGAUAGCAUGAAAUUAACAUAACGAGAACAGGAAAGUCAUCGUAUUAAGGAACAACUCAUGCUUAAUAAUGAUGGAGAAAUGCAAUAUCGAGUAUCAACCUACGUAAAUCUGUUUUUGUCUCUGUCUCAACAACCUAUUAAAGCAAAUACAUC